AUGCCAGGCGUCAUCCAUAGGGACAGCACGUCCUCCACCAACAGCCGAGUCAGCAAGGACGACCGUCGUCGCUCCUCCACCCACCACUACCCGCAGCAUGACUCAUACCCAUCCCCCACCUCCGCUGCCGCAGUUGCACCAAAUCAGGGCUACACUCCUCCGUAUCCACGACGCGCCCCCACCGAUUACACCGCGUAUGGGCUGAACGAGCCCCAGUGGACGGUAGGCCCUCCUCCCAUCAUCUACAACCGCUCUCCGUACGCGACGGUGCCUCUACCCCCGCUCAGCCCGCCCCCACCAGCUACACCCCCGCGCAUCCACCGCCUCCUCGCGUAUGCCAAUGAGCCAUCCAUCAUUUGGUCCAUCAAUCAGUCGACGCAUGAUGCCCAACUCGCCCGAGCCCCGUCGCACGCGAGCUACCACUGGCGCACUCUGCCAGCGCUCGAGCCCUCGCCGUCCAGGUCCCCUUCGUCGCUCACGAUCCGCCUCGCGCCGUUCACGCGGCCGAUCGUGGUGUUCCCCAAGGCACGCGACGGUGUGAUCACGAUCGGAGAUGUGCUCACCGCCGUGUACAACGGGGCUCGCCAGGGCGCGAUGGACGAAUUCUGCGCCGCCUUGGGAACCAGCCAGAGUGCUGUGUGGGCGAACGGGAAUAUGGGUGCGUAUGCGCAGAUGGCAAUGCAGGCGGAGACGCGUCCCCGAGGCGACGACGAGGUGAGCACGAGUGUAUGCUCAGCGCUUCACUUCAGGACGCUUUGGACGGGGUUGGAUCCGAGCAGGACGGAAAGGGACGUCUGGAUCCUCCACACGCGUCCAUUAGGAGUUCGAUAA